AUGCUCGAAACACACGAUACUCAGCUGUUCCGCACAGCCGUUUCGAUUCUCACAAUCCCCAGAGACAGGUUCUGGCUGUUCAAGAGCGGCGUAUUGGAGAUUCUGUACAAAUUGAUCGACAGUUUGGAGGGCCUGAGCGACCCUGACGAAGAGAGUGGGGACGAAAAACAUCUGGUUAAUUCCGUGCAUUCUCUGAACAUCCAGAAGGACGACACCAGCGAGCAGGACUCGCUGAACUCCGAGGACGAUGGAUUGUUCUUCCAUCUAGCUUUCACCCCUGAGGAGGUCACCUUCAUGUGCAGCACGAGUCUGAUCCGGAAAUAUCUCUCCAAGCCGUUGUCUCUCAACAAGCAGGCCCAAUUGGGCGCCACACUAAUUGAGGAGGAGUUCUUGGUCUUGCAGGUGUUGACUGACGGCACUAUUAUUGGCAAAAAAAUCCUGGAACUGACAGCCCCUCUUUCGGAGCAGGGAAUUCCUAUUUUCUUCAUUUCCAAUUACUUCAGCGACCUCGUGCUGAUUCCAGCUGCCCACAGGACGGCGGCUGUUGAGAUAUUGGAAAAGGCACAGUGCACAGAUACUAGCAAACUAGAGCGGGAGACGUUCCAGCUAUUUAGAUCGAGCUCGGUGAAACCCGUUCUGAACACAGACGUGAAGAUUCUGCUCACGGGAGCCCGUCCUGGAGACUCUUCGCUGGUUCUGCGACAGACCGUGGAGGCUCUGUCACGGUACAACACCGAACAGAGCGGAACGAAGCACUCGUUUCUGGCAUACUUUGCGCUCACCAGAACUCCUACCGAGGAGAUCGGGUUGCUGCUGCCCCUCGCUGAUGACGAGAUGGCCAAAGUAAAUUAUUCGCAAGCCACAAUUUUGGGAUCGUUGCAGGACUUCUACUUCCCGCUAUUCAUCAAUUUGAAAACGCUUCCUUUGGACCUGAAGGGCAUUGUUGCCGGUGUUGCUUCGAAAUUGUUGAAGCUCGGGCUGACCGAGAUGAGCUACGUCAGUCUGGGACGCUCUGCCGUUGUGCUGGUGCCAGACAACUUCCAAGAUACGGUUCAAAAAAUGCUGGACUCUAUGUGA